AUGUGGCCGUGGAAAGUGCUCAUUCCGACUGUACAAAGUUCGUGUCAGCUAUCUCGAAAAUUGACGUCAUCGGUCAAAGUCAGAAACUUCAAUUCGAAACAUUUAGCUAAUGGUGAUCCUCUCCCGCCUUUCAAUGGCAAGUUAAGGAUAUACAAUAUGCGAUUUUGCCCAUUUGCGCAACGCACCAUGUUGGCUUUGAUCGCAAAGGAUAUCGAUUACGAAGUGGUGAACGUAAAUCUGAUGAACAAACCGAUGUGGCUCUUCGAGAAAAACGUUUUUGGUAAAGUACCCGCUCUAGAAAUAGAAGAAAACGUUACAAUCUUCGAAAGUCUCCCGACUGUGGAAUAUUUAGAUGAUAUCUAUUCUAACAGACCAUUAUUGUCAAAGGAUCCUCGGCAAAAGGCUCAAGCGAAAAUGAUUGUAGAAGCAUCCGGAGCUAUUCAUAGUUUAUUCGUGAAGCUUGUGAAGAAACCAGAAUAUGUAACUGAGGAUAAUGUAAAAGCAUUUUUUAAGUCUUUGGACUUCAUACAAUAUCAACUAACAAGUCGCAGUGCAAAGUUCUUACACGGACAUGAACCUGGUUAUGCUGACUAUAUGAUUUGGCCGUGGUUCGAAAGGUUACGGGCCAGUGAUGAUGUGAGAGCUAAAAUCAAUGCACAAUCAUAUGAAGUUUUGAAUAAGUAUAUUGACAACAUGAUGCAAGAUACAGCUGUAAGAAAAUAUUUAGUACCAGUGGAAACUCUCAAAGAAUUCCAUCAAGGUUUCAGAGAUUCAAGUGGUCCAAAUUAUGACUUGCUUACUAAAAAAUAA